GUCACCAGCAUAAAAGAGGUGGAGUGGGGGAACGGAGCACACACUCCUGCCUCAGGAUCACAAACGGGAGCUGCAGCUGGGGUCAAGUCUUUAGAGUUUCUUAGCAUGGCCACUUACAGCUUCAGGCAAACGACCUCCUCUGUGGCAGGGGGACAUGGGGGCUCCUCCAUCCGUUUCGGUGGAGGUGGCUUUAGGGCUCCGAGCAUCCAUGGGGGUUCUGGUGGCAGGGGUGUGUCGGUGUCUUCCGCUCGAUUUGUUUCUGGCCUAGGAAGCAGCCUGGGUGGUGGAUGUGGAAGCGGCUUUAGCAGCAGCUUUAGUGGUGGCUAUGGAAACAGCUUUAGCAGCAGCUUUGGUGGUGGCUUUGGUGGUGUUCUGGGGAGCGGGGAUGGCCUCCUCUCAGGAAAUGAAAAGGUGACUAUGCAAAGCCUGAACGAACGCCUUGCAUCUUACCUGGAGAAAGUGCGUGCACUGGAGGAGUCCAACUCUGAUCUCGAAACUAAAAUCCGAGAUUGGCACCAGAAACAAGGAGGACCAGGCCCAGCUCGUGACUACAGCCCUUAUCACAAGACUAUUGAAGACCUUCGAGACAAGAUCCUUGAUGCCACUAUCGAAAAUGCAAAGAUUGUCUUGCAGAUCGACAACGCCAGGCUGGCCGCUGAUGACUUCAAAACUAAGUUUGAGACAGAGCAGACUCUGCGCAUGAGUGUGGAGGCUGACAUCAAUGGCCUGCGCAGAGUCCUGGAUGAGCUGACCCUGGCCAGAGCUGACCUGGAGCUGCAGAUCGAGAACUUGAAGGAGGAGUUGGCUUAUCUGAAGAAGAACCAUGAGGAGGAAAUGAGUGUCCUGGGAGGGCAAGUAGCUGGCCAAGUGAGUGUCGAACUGGACUCUGCUCCAGGCAUUGACCUCACCAAGAUCCUGGCUGAUAUGAGGGACCAGUAUGAACACUUGGCUGAGAAGAACAGGAAGGAUGCUGAGGCCUGGUUCCACACCAAGACUGAAGAGCUGAACCGUGAGGUAGCUGUCCAUACCGAACAACUGCAGAGCAGCAAGUCUGAAGUCACCGAUCUGAGACGCACCCUCCAAGGGGUGGAAAUAGAACUCCAGUCCCAGCUCAGCAUGAAAGCCGCACUGGAAGGCACCCUGGCAGACACGGAAAUGCGUUACAGUGCCCAGCUGGCGCAGUUCCAGGGCAUGAUUAGCAACCUCGAGGCGCAGCUGGCUGAGCUUCGAGGUGAUCUAGAGCGCCAGAACAGUGAAUACAAGACGCUCAUGGAUAUCAAGAGUCGCCUGGAGCAAGAGAUCGCUACUUACCGCCAGCUCCUGGAAGGCCAGGAUUCCCUGUUGUUUGGCUCCUCUUCUGGAACUGUCGACAAACGAGGCAAGCUGGCAGAUGGGAAAUAGUACUGGAAGCUCUCCAAAUGUCAUCUUCAAAAUGGGAAAAAGCAGACAACACACAGGAACUGAAAUGGAGAAAUCGCUCCAAACUGCUGGAAACAGCACAGAAAAUGCUUGGUGACACAAGGCUUCAGUAGAUUAAUCCAUUUAGUGGUGAUUAAAUUGCAAAUUAGGUUAGCUUUUCAAUUAUUUCUAGCUCUUUCAUGUACUGAAUUGCUGUAUCUACUCUAAUAAAGACAAUCUUCUUGCAAUCUUAACUUCU